AUGGGAAGUGUGGAAGAGGGAACCCCAACAUUUCGUUGGGAACAACCCCGUCACUUCGCAGGGGCCAUCGGGCGGAGGAUUCCCGAGAAGGGAAUCCUCCGCUCCCCUGACAGGUGGGGUUCUGGUUGGUGUGAGGCGAUUCGUGGACGUCAGCAGGAACGUAUGGGUGUCGAAAACUUGUCUAUGAACGCCACUGGGAACUCGAAUGUCAGCUUUGCUGUGUUCUGCUGCGUUGUGCUGCGUUCUGCACCCGGAGCGAAACGUUUAAUGGUGGGUCUAGGGCGUUCCGUGUAUACUGAUACCUCUCGCUUCAGGAGACUCGUCUGGCUCUUCCUCUUCCUCCUCACAACAGGUCACAUGCUAUACCUAAUCAUCGAUGCCGUGAAUAGUUACAUGUCCAGCCCGAAGACGACCACGAUGGAGAUGAAUACGGAGAGGGUCCUCCCCUUCCCGGCAGUCACCAUAUGUUCCUACAGUCCUCUGUGGAAGAGCCUUGAUGACGGUCCGACUCUCUCUAACUUCAAGACACUGCUGGAACUCAACAAGCAUCUCGAGGGAGCGCUUGCUAAACUUUCUCUGCCACGUAGCGCAUGCAGUCCGACAACCGCUGGUUCACUCUGGGCCGCCACCGAUCCGCCGUGCACGGUGCGCGAGGGCGAAGGGCAGAAGACCUGCAUCAAACCAUUCGAUAUUCUGAACCGAUCUAAAGAAGAGUAUGGACUCCCAACAGAAUCGAACUCGUUCUCAGCAGACUACUCAGAGUCAGCGACUACUGGUACCCCGACGAUGCCACCGCUCGACACCUCGUCUACGUCCUUUGAUGAGACCGAUAUCUGGGAAAACUGGGUCUACGGCAGAGAGGAAUAUGACCAUCCAUGUGAACCGGAAUAUGGGGAAAUAACCAUCGGCAACAAAACCAUUACGGCGGAAAACUUCCUCAACAUGUUGCUUUUCACCAGCUCCUACACGUUGAGAGACUUCCGGAGAUAUUUGAAUUUGGAAGAUGCUGCUGGCAACAUCUCAGACUUGAUACGUCGCUGCACCUUCAAUAAUGCACCUUGUGAUAUGAACGACUUCAAGGUCAUCAACGACUCUGACUACGGAGCGUGUCUGACCUACAACUACAACGGAAAUAAAGUUGUGCGCCGUUCUGGCUCUUCGGAAGGGCUCCAACUGAGAUUGACGUGGAACACCUCAAACCAAGUGAAUCUCCUCACACCAGCCAAAGGGUUCCGUGUGACCCUUCACCAUCACAAGGCUGAUCCCGAUCCCCUCGGAGAGGGAAUCGACGUCGGCGCGAACAUCAAUUCCUACAUCGGCAUGAGGAGGAGGAAAUUCGAACGGCUUCGUCCUGAAGAAGGAGGAGGUUGCGCCUACGAUUCCUACCUCGAAGACCGAUUCAACAGCAGCAUUUACAAUAUUGGAAAUGGAACCAAGUAUUCCUUCCAGUGGACGAGCUUCAUCGGCACGUUGGGGGGAUUGCUGGGUCUCUACACCGGUUUGUCCUUCGUCUCCGUCCUGGAAGUGUUGGAAUGGAUGCUGGACCUCAUCAUCUAUGGUUGGAGGAAGCCCCAGCCUGACAAGAUGGGUUCGAAGCAACUGGCAGUCAUCACGUGGAACGAUCCUCUGGAAAUGGAACGAUGGUGCACGAAGUCGACUGCACUCCAUCCGGUAGACUAUUCCGGAACUGCACCCGUCUACAUUCGCCCGCCCUUGAAGAAUACUCAAAGUGCUGGAUUCGAUUUGGUCUUCUCGGACCAAUUUCACCUUUAGAUUCAAAAGGGAAAAACUCCUGCACUUUCAGCCUUUUCAUAUGAUCUGAACUCUUUUCUAUCCACCGUCUAACGAUACUUCCUCCAUUGAUUUCACCAGAAAAAAAUUACUUCAUGGAAUUUUCCCCUGCUGUUCCUGUUUGUUCUAAUUGCUUGUGUUUGCAUUGGACAACUCCAGAGUUAUUCCACGAUUGUGCUCCUUGAGAAGACCAAUCCAGCUACACAGCAUCAUCCAAAUAUGCACCCGGAGUGGUGGGAAGGUUGGGAAGGAGAACUCUGCUUUCCCAAAAAUUCCCCAGCAGGUUCACCC